AUGUGUGUUGGCUUGAGCAAGGAUGGCAGCAACUUUGAGGUGACCUUUGAGUCUACAGGAGACUGGGGUCUCAUCACAACUGAAUUCUGGAUGGGAGACAACGUACACGGCGUUCCCUUUGACGAGGAGGGUUCCCUGGAUUUGGAGAGCUUCCCAUACUAUUGGUGCAACUCAACGGGAGAGACCACCCACUCCACCCACAUUGACUUCAAGUGGGCAUACCUAUGCGAAGAGAAGGAUGAGUUCUCUCUUGCUGUUGUGGCCCAAGUGACCGUUGGCAAGAUGUCCGAAGAUGGUCUGGCCAUUGAUGGUACAGAAAUUGUUUCCUUUGCUUCGGAAUAUGAGAUUGACCUUCAGGAUGACACCUUUGGGUGGUUUGAUAUCCCCGUGACAUGUGCUUGUGAACCAAAGAAAUGUCCUUAUGAUAUGGAACCAGAGAUCACCAAAGCUGAAUGCCACAACAUCAUGGGACAAGACUCCAUGCCUAUUGGUUCUAUGUGUGUUGGAAUGAGUCGUGAUGGCAGCAGCCUGGAAGUUGCCUUUGAAUCAAUUGGAGACUGGGGUCUUAUCACUACAGAGUUCUGGGUGGGAGACAAUGUUACCAGUGUACCAUUUGAUGAUGAUGGUGCCCUUGACAUGGAGGGUUUCCCUUUCUACUGGUGCAACUCCACAGGGGAGACAUCCUACUCUACCCAUGUUGACUUCAAGUGGGACUAUCUUUGUGAAGAUGAAGGUGUCUUUUCCCUGGCUGUUGUGGCCCAAGUUACGGUUGGCAAAAUUGCUGAAGAUGGAUUAGCCGUUGAAGGAACAGAGAUUGUCUCCUUUGUUUCGGAGUAUGAGAUUGACUUGAUGGAUGACUCCUUUGGCUGGUUUGAUGUCCCAGUGACAUGUGCUUGCAAGAAGCCCGUUUGUGUUGAAGGAGAACCCAAGGUGGCCAAGGAGGAAUGCCACAAUGUUCUGGCUGGUGAUAACACUCCAGUUGGAUCCAUGUGUGUUGGCUUGAGCAAGGAUGGCAGCAACUUUGAGGUGACCUUUGAGUCUACAGGAGACUGGGGUCUCAUCACAACUGAAUUCUGGAUGGGAGACAACGUACACGGCGUUCCCUUUGACGAGGAGGGUUCCCUGGAUUUGGAGAGCUUCCCAUACUAUUGGUGCAACUCAACGGGAGAGACCUCUCACUCCACCCAUGUUGACUUCAAGUGGGCAUACCUAUGCGAAGAGAAGGAUGAGUUCUCUCUUGCUGUUGUGGCCCAAGUGACCGUUGGCAAGAUGUCUGAAGAUGGCCUGGCCAUUGAUGGUACAGAAAUUGUUUCCUUUGCUUCGGAAUAUGAGAUUGACAUUCAGGAUGACACCUUUGGGUGGUUUGAUAUCCCCCCCAGUGACAUGUGCUUGUGA